CGGAUACUCAACCUUCAACGAUCCUUCAACCCGCUGCUCGAGCUAUCCCGGCCAAAGCUGAGGGUACUACCAACAAUCUACGCCAUGCGAACGCCAAAGAUGAAGCUUAUCUUUCUUCUCCUCGUGGCUCUGUUCACGGCUAUCAGCUUCGCAAGUCCAAUCGCAGCCGACGAGACUACCGACUUCGAGGAGUUUGAGGACAUUGAUGGUGUCACUGCUGACGUCGACGCGUUUGGAGCUCUCCCCAUGGAUUUUGACAACAAGAUGGAUCUUCCGGUAUAUGACCGCCAUCACGACGGUGUGUUGGAACCAGGCACAUACUGGGACAACGGCAGAACAGUCUAUGUUAUUGAGAACGAUCCCACCGCUGAUGAGGAUCUGAACAAUCACCGGUUCGCCGACCUGGCUAGUGUUGCCUCCAGCAACGCCGACUCCGAUGCGAAGAAUUUCGUCCAUAAACCUGAGUUCACCAUCGGCGGAAAAGUGCAGAACGUCGGUGACUUACAUGGACAACGCAUGUGGGACAAGAUGUACGAAUGUCUCGAGAAAGUCUGCCCCGUGUCUUUUGGACAACGCUGGUGCGGAAAAGACAGACCCUGCAUCAUACCAAACAUUAUGUACGUCGAUGACAACGGUAGACACAAGUCCAACGGUCGUCUGGAAGUAUACGCUCUUGCCAGUCGACACCAGCCCACGAAGAACCUUGGAGCACCCUUGCACGAGAUGACCGCAGGUGUUUUCGCAGUCAUGUCAGAGCGGCCGGAGAAUUGCUAUUUCAAGGACGGGAGUGGCUCUAAGGCAUACAAAAUCUGCAACAUCGCCGAACAUGUUCUAGUGCGUUUACCUGCUGCCGGAAGAUCGACUUGUGCGUACAUGAGCAUUCAGGUCAAGUUCAAAGGCGGAAAGACACGCAAAAAUUUCGACUGUGAGGCGACCAAGGAGCACGUCGACAACUUUUUCAACAUAUGGGUGCGCAAAGACUUCACUGACGGUAUGGGUGUGGCGGACGACGAAGUUCAACCUCAGACAUUCUGCAAAAUGGACUUGGAGACCAAGUGCUUCAGCUAUCCAAAGUGCUGGGACGACUGGAAGGAGAAUUACAAACCAAAGAGGGAGGAGAUGUCUAACCCAUGGUUCUGGCCUCCAGUUCCUCCCAGUACUGCGCAGGGCCUUUGCCCUGCUUGA